AUGGAAGCUUGCACCUUUCAAGGGAAAUUUAAUGUCACCACGUACAAUGCCGUGGCAAUGGCCAUCGUCACCCUCCAGACAUUUGCUGGCAUGUGGAUAAAUGCUUUCAUUGUUUCUGUGCUUUGUGUUUCCUGGGUGAAAAAGAGAAGCUUUAACUCUAAUGAGAAGAUCUUGCUCUUCCUGGGAUGCUCCCGAUCUUGCUAUUUGUUCACCACCUGGGUAUUUUCCUUUUUUGAAAAUAUUUAUCCUCUUUGCAUGUAUGUUUACUCCGUAUACCUGUUCCUUGUACCACUUCAAGACUUUUUCAACGUUUCCAAUGUGUGCGUUUCUGCCUUUCUUUCUGUGUUUUACUGUAUCAAAAUUGCAAAUUUCCAGCACAGCUUCUUCAUCUACCUGAAAGUGAGAAUUGACAGGAUGAUGCCAUGGCUGAUGUUGGCUUCAGUCCUUAUAUCCCUGGGCUAUAGCAUCUUUGUCUACAAGAUUGUUGAUGAAUCGAUCUGUGACAAUGUCAAUUGCACCAUGCUUGGACAUAUCUGGAAAUAUAGCAUCAGAAUUGAUCAACUUUUUUCCAUGUAUGUUUUAAUCACUGGAUUUGUAUUUGCCAUUGCAUUCUCAGCAGUGAGCUUUUCUGUCCUUCUCCUCCUCUUUUCUCUCUGGAGACACAAACACAAGAUGCAGACAGAAUCAGGGAAGAACGUCAGUGUGGAUGCCCAUAUCAAAGCCAUGAAAUCCAUUCUGUCCUUUUUCUUCACUUACACCAUCAACUUUGUAUGUUUGGUCUUGACGCUGACUUAUCCUAUGAAGAACCAAAAGGCUGCAAAGUUUCUCAUUUUUUUCUUUCAGCAUUCUUUUCCAGCUGUUCAUUCCCUCAUCCUGAUUUUCAGCAAUCCCAAGCUUGAAAAGACACUGCUCAGGACCCUGACGUGUAUGAAGUGUAAGAUUUGCAAGAGGUAG